UUUAUUGGGCAGAAUUCUAAGUUACAAUUCGAUAAUGACAACCGUGAUAAGCUGUCUUGUGUUGCGCUUGAACCACAUCACGUGUGGGAAUAUCCUUGUSAACCACUUACAGAUGUUUUCACUUUGAUGGAGUUCGACUUUACSCAACCGAUUCCUGAGARGAAGAUCCARMAACACAACAGCGUUGAAGUGACUGGGAGUGGAAGCCUGCAUGCUGUGGUGUUAUGGCCGAUGGAUUUCCACUUAACCAAAGAACUAAUACUUUCAAAUGGACUAAAGGGCGAUUGUGUGCCAACGAAGAGUCUUCAGUGGGUCCGUCAUACAAAGCAGGCUGUGUACUUCUUCUAUCAACCUCGACAAGUUACAUCCAGCGUUGGUUCACUUUAUUACUCAACUCAAUUUGAACCGUCACAAGGAGAGAUAGACUUUGAAUUUACAUUGAAAUCAUGAUAUUUAUAACAUUUGCCAACAUUUAAUAUUAUCUUAAUAAAAUUAUUAAAAGCUGAUGACUAGUUUUCUUGUUCAAUUUGAGAUAUUGUGCGAGAUGAUAU